AUGAGUAAGCCUGAUUUGGACAACACUUACGCCAGUCUUCUUGAUUCAUGGACUGCCUUUGCAGCAGCCAAGAGGGUUCGGAGGCUUGAGUUGGACUUGUCAUCCUUUUUGAAACCUAACAGGAGUUUGGAUGAGAUCUACUGUUUCCCAUCGGCUUCAAGUUUGGAAUGGAAGGCACUGACUUCCCUAGUGCUGCAUUCUGUUGAUUUAGUUGAAGAACAUCUCUUGCAUCUCUUUUCUGAUUGUCCAUUGCUGGAGAAGUUAUCUGGGUUGGAGGCUAUUGAGGUUGUUCCAGCCCUCAAUUUUAGCUGUUUUGUAUAUAAAGGACCCACGAUAAACAUGCUCUUCGCAGACGUUCCUCAACUUUCUUCAGUUUCUCUUAUAGGGGCACCUAAUAACAGAAUUGAUUUUUGCAAGGAUUCAGUAAUUACCAAAUUCGACCAGUUUCCCUUCUCUAUGUCACAGCUUCAGAUGCUUGCUUUGGAUCUGGAUAUGGUAGUUGUCAAGAGUUAUUACCUGUUUCCUAACACCUUUCCAGAGUUUAGGAAUAUUCGCUAA